UCUCCUGACUGGGGUUUGUUAUGCCCAGUCUGAGUUGGCCUGGAACUUGGCCGGCUGCAGACACCAUUCAGGCUCUGGCCGCCGUGGGGUAGGGCCAGGGACCGGGCGAAGGAGGCUGGACAGCAGGGUCAGCGCGACGAGAUGCUGCGCGCUCUGGAACCGCUAGGUGCCAAAGCGCGGGAGAUGCCGUGGUUUGUACAAGGCUGCUCCGCGCUAAUCAGGAACUGAUGACCCUCAAUGAUGUGGCUGGGGACUUCAGGGAAGAGUGAGUUACCUGGACACUGCUUUGAGAGUCCUCUUCAAGGAUACCACCCGGCACGGUUAGAAGAGUGGGCUCUCAAAGGGAUUUCUAGACCAAGUGUAAUCUCCCAGCUGGAGCAGAAAGAAGAGCCAUGGGUCCUGCCACUCCAAAAUUUUGAAGCGAGGAAGAUCCUAAGGGAAAGUCACACAGACUUUAAGAAUCAGGUGGUAAAACUUGAUCAGGACAUUCCUGAAACAACAGAACCAUGUGGAACAUCCUCAGAAAGGGCCAAUAAAGAUAUUUCUCAUACUCCUAGUUGGGGAGACAACUGGGAGGGGGGUCUUGAAUUAGAAGGGGAGCAUGGAACCCUCCCAGGAGAGGGCCGGCAGGAGCCCUUUUCACAGGAGAAGGAAUUAAACAAGCUCCUGGAAGGAUAUAUAGGAAAGAAGCCUGUGUGUACAGAAUGUGGAAAAAGCUUUAACCAGAGUUCCUAUCUCAUAAGACACCUAAGAACUCAUACUGGUGAGAGGCCUUACAAAUGCAUCGAGUGUGGGAAAGGCUUCAAGCAGAGUUCAGACCUUGUCACCCACCGAAGAACGCACACAGGAGAGAAACCCUACCAAUGUAAUGGGUGUGAGAAAAAAUUCAGCGACAGCUCAACACUCAUCAAACAUCAGAGAACCCACACGGGUGAGAGACCCUACGAGUGCCCGGAGUGCGGGAAGACUUUUGGACGGAAGCCACACCUCAUAAUGCACCAAAGAACCCACACAGGAGAGAAGCCCUACACUUGCCUCGAAUGUCAUAAAAGCUUUAGUCGUAGCUCCAAUUUCAUCACCCACCAGAGGACCCACACAGGAGUGAAGCCUUACAGGUGUCAAGACUGUGGGGAGAGUUUCAGCCAGAGCUCGGAUUUGAUUAAGCACCAGCGAACCCACACAGGAGAACGGCCCUUUAAAUGCCCGGAGUGCGGGAAGGGCUUUAGAGAUAGUUCUCACUUUGUAGCUCACAUGGGCACUCACUCAGGAGAAAGGCCGUUCACUUGUCCUUACUGCCACAAAAGCUUCAGUCAGAGCUCACAUCUGGUCACGCACCAGAGGACACACACAGGCGAGAGGCCUUUUAAGUGCGACAGCUGUGGGAAAGGAUUUGCCGACAGCUCGGCCCUCGUUAAGCACCAGCGGAUCCACACAGGAGAAAGGCCAUAUAAAUGUGGCGAGUGUGGGAAGAGCUUCAAUCAGAGCUCCCACUUCAUCACCCACCAACGAAUCCACCUAGGAGACAGACCCUAUUGCUGCCCUGAGUGUGGCAGAACCUUCAAUCAGCGUUCCCACUUUCUCACACACCAGAGAACACAUACAGGAGAAAAACCUUUUCACUGUAGUAAAUGUGACAAGAGCUUCCGUCAGAAAGCACAUCUUUUAUGCCAUCAAAACACCCAUUUGAUCUAAGAAGUGAUCUUUAGUGGGUCUGCUGCUCCCUUCUAAAUUUCUACAGCUAUUACUUUUAGGUUCUCCAAAUAGAGAAAACCCGAACCUGGGCAUCAGCGGCUCAUGUUGGGCCCCGAUCUGUUCCCUCUUUUUCCAUGCUUUUACUGGCGAGGAUAAGCCUAUAGGGUCCAAAUAAUGUUCUGAAUACAAAGGGUAUUCCUUUUUUAGUAGUUUUGACUGACUCUGAGACAGAAAAAUGUGUUUAAUGAUUGAAGCCUGGUUACUAAAAUUGAAAUGAGAUAAAUGUAGUCACAUGAUCAUUAUUAAUGGUUAACAUUUGAGAUCUUAAUACAGAGCCCUUAAUGUAAUACUGGGCCCUUAAAAGACACUCAGUCCAAGGUUGGUUGCUUUUAUCAGUUUUAUUACCAAGAAAUUUAUUAGUGCAACCUCACAAGCCCAGAACUUGCAAGAAAUAAGAUUGGAAGUAGAAGAUUUGGGGUGUGAACACAUAAAUGUAAUGAAACAGAAAAUACUCUCUUAUUCCAGUGCUAUGCAGGCAGUAGUCACCAGAUGUCUCAUUGCCAUGACAAGGCAGAAUUACCGUAGAGGAUGUCUGCGGUCUUGUGACUCAGAGGCUGAAAGAAUUUCCGAAGCUCCUUGUACAGCAGUCUAUGAGGUACUGUCACUGAAAGUUUGCUGCCAUCUGAGGCAUAGAAAGUAUCCUGUGAUGGACAAGCCUCAGGGCCCCAGAAGAGGACAGUAAAAUUGUGGAAGCAAAAUUGCUGAGAACGUUAAACGGUACUGCAGGGAUUCUUUCUGGCCUUUAGCUGAAGGAAAUAACUCUUGAUUUCUAAUUAGCUGGGUCAUUGGCCCUUAAGUUUUAAGUUAGUGCAACUCUGAUCCUUUUAGGGUCACUCAUUUUAUGCACUAUAUUUAAUUGAAAUAUAGUCCUAUAUUUAAUUGAAAAAAUUGAGGGAAGGCAGUGUGUUGGAAGGGACACUGACUUCAUGAGAAGAGGUGUUUGAGUCCUGGCUCUGACACUUAAUUGGCCUGACUUUCACCUUCUCUCAGGCCCUACCUUACCUACCUCACAAGGUUGUUGUGAGGAUCUAAUACACACCUGCACACGCACACAUGCAUGCACACACUCAAGCACUUUGUUGUUAAAUUAUAAAGUAUAACAUCUCUAAAGUUUAAUGUUA